UGUAGCUUGUUUACAUGUGUGAGGUGGAGCCGGAUGUGACGUCACCUAUUCUGUGUACACCAGCUGAUCGGAGCAUAAAAUCCUUCUCCGUCAUUCCUGUCAUGUUGUAAUGUUGUGAUAUCUGAAGACACAGCAACUGUCCGGACUAAUACUCCUCCUGUGACUACUGACAGUCAGAGGGAGACUGCGGCGCGUCCUGCUGACACCAGAGUCUGAGCGAGGCUGUUUGUUGUGGUCGUUACUAAGGCCUACCUGCGAUGCUAAGCUAACUAGCUGGCUGGCUGGCACCGUUAGCAGGACUCACUAAUGUAAACUGCAGCUGAAGGAAGUGAACGGUCAGGAGGAACAUCUCCCCAGCCACAACAAGCUACCAAACGAUGGAGGUGUAGAUAUCUGAUACUGAGCUAACAUCUGUAACAUCUGUAGUGGAUGGGUCCCGUCAGGAGGUGACUGUCCAGUGUCUCACAGACAGACAGAGACAGAGACCUUCUGUGGUGCCAGCAGCGCAGCGCUCUCCUCCAGCUCCAAGAUGUGGUUGAAGCUCUUCUUCCUGCUCCUGUAUUUCAUAGUGUUGUUCAUGCUAGCGAGGAUCUUUGAGGCGGUGGUCUGGUAUGAGACCGGGAUGUUCGCCACCCAGCUGGUGGAUCCGGUUUCUCUCAGCUAUAAGAAGCUGAAGACCAUCCUGGAGUGUCGAGGGCUGGGCUACUCCGGCCUGGCUGAGAAGAAGGAUGUCAGCGAGCUGGUGGAGAAGUCAGGAGAGUUGACUCAGGGGGAGCUGUACUCGGCCAUCAAGAAAGAGAAGGAGCAGACGGAGGCAGGAGACGCCACCACAACAUACUUCAGUGGAGAGAUGCACUUCUAUGAAUUAGUGGAGGACACUAAAGAUGGGAUAUGGCUGGUUCAGGUCAUUGCCCAGGACCGGGAAGCUCUGCUCAGUCAGUCCAACUGGGGGAAGAUGGUCCAGAAAGUGUCUCAGUUUGGGAUCAGAACUGGAACUUUCAACUGCUCUAAUGAUUACAGGUCGUGUAUCAAGCGUGGCUGGCAGCGCUCCACUCUCAUCAUGUCUGUUCCUCAGACUUCAGCAUCGAAGGGCAAAGUCAUGCUAAAAGAAUACAACGGCCGUCGCAUUGAAACGGAACACAUCUUCCGCUGGAUGACCUCACACGUGGCUCAUCGAAUCAAAACCCUGCGUCAUUCUGAACAGCUCGUAGAGGAGUGGCGCCCCGACCCCGCCCACCCGGUGAAGAUGUUCCUGUUCGCCCCGCUGGCCCAGCCGCCUGCCUUCUUCUCCUCGCUGUCCAUCAAGUUUACUGGCAGGAUCGAGUUCAUCUUCGUCGAUGUCCGUCACUGGGACAACCACAGCAGCCUAUUAGAGAUUGAUGUGACACAGAGCCCUGCCUACAUUCUCAAGAUGCCUGAGGGGAUUUAUCGCUAUGGCAACAGUACUGGGGAGUUCCUGUCCCUGGCUGCCAUGGAUACGUUCCUGCGUUCGGUCCAGCCGGAGGUCAACGAUAUGUUUGUCCUCAGUCUGGUCCUGAUCAACCUGCUGGCCUGGAUGGACCUCUUCAUCACACAGGGAGCAACGGUGAAACGAUUCGUAGUUCUGAUCCGAACACUUGGAACCUACAACUCCAUCCUGCUGGUGUCCUGGCUUCCUGUUCUGGCUCUCCUCCAGCUGUCCUAUCUGGACAAUCUGUACGGUUACAGUCUCAAGCUGCUCCGUUACGCCGACACCACCACGGUGGCCGGCCUGGUGAGAGCCGACUGGACCUUCUACUCGUCCCACCCGGCUCUCUUCCUGUCCACCUACCUGGCCCACGGCCUGCUGGUCGACUACUUUGAGAAGAAACGCCGCUGCGGCGUCAGGAGCCAAGAGGACAGCACCACCAACCUGGAGUGGCUGGCCAGUCUGUGGGACUGGUACACUUCCUAUCUGCUCCGCCCGAUCGCGUCGUUGCAGCAGGUCCCGUCUGAUGCCUCGGACUGGGAGGACGACCCCAACUUCAUACUGGAGCGUUUGGCUUUCCCCGAUCUCUGGCUUCGCCCGCUAAUAGAUACGGACUAUAUCAAAGCCCUGCCGACCUGGAGCUUCAGAGCUGUCGGUGAGGACAUGGGGGACGAGGACGGGUCUGGCGGACAGCUGGAUGAAGAGACAGAUGGUUCACAUUCAGACACGGAGAGCACGGAGCAGACGGAUUCUCCUCCACGCGGCAGCAAAAGACACGAGAGGUCGUCGUGCGAUCAGGACAGCGAAACGCAGCUCAACAACACGGACCCCAGCGGUUACUGUCAGUCCUGCUGUCGCCACGGGAAUGGAACCUCGCCAUCAGCUGACGGGGCGCCUAAGGACGGCCGCCUCGCGCCCAAAGGCGUCUCUAACCAUCAACGCUGCGAUUGGUCGGCGUGGCCCCGUGACAUGCUGCAGUGUUCGGAGUGCGUGGUGUGUUUGGAGAACUUUGUGAGCGAGGAGCUGCUGAUGGGUCUGCCCUGCGGCCACGCCUUCCACCAGCACUGCAUCGUGGUGUGGCUGGCGGCGGGCAGACACUGCUGCCCGGUGUGUCGCUGGCCCAGCUAUAAGAAGAAACAGCAGAGAGCCGCACCGAGCAGCUCCACCGAAAACAGUCUGCAGGAAUAACGAUGAAUACGUCGUCUUCUACUCUUCACCGUUCGUCGGCACAGAGCCCGCCGGGCAUCGAGAACCGUGUCAGAUAUCAUCACAGCUCGCUCGGGGUUGAAGUUGGGACUUAACGGAGAUAACAUUGUCAGUAGGUGUGAUCAGGGCUGCUGUUGUCAUGAAGCCAUCAAUCAGCUUGCUUCCAUUACUGUUGAAGGUAAUAUGCUGGCCAUAUAAUGGCAGACAGGUGACACUAUAAAAGGCCAGUCGCCGUGGUUCCUGUAUAGAGAGGAUAUUGAUUCACACACAGUAACCGUCGGUGAAGUCACGGCAAACUUCAUAGUGCAAUAAAAACACAUUUUUG